UCAUCAACGACCCAAUCGAAAUGGAAGAAUCGGAGCCUUCUCCGAGCAAAUCAAGCUCAGAAGCUAGGAGUAAUUCCAACACUUCUGGUCGGGGGUGGCGGAAAAGUAGUGGACUACGCUCUGGUGUCGCGAUGCCGAAGCUCAAGAUCUGACCAUCUUUCUUCAGUCAUUAACCUAUCUUCAUUACAACGUCAAUACUCUGGGGAAGUAUUAUUCUUCUCAUUCGUUAUUUCUCCCCCGCAUUCUUGCCAUCAAUGACGCCACAUAACUACUUAUUCGAAGCUGGAAAAAUGGAUGCUUUCGGAAGAGUUUCUGUUUUGCUGUUCCGGUAUUAUUUAUCUUAUUCAGAGGUUCUCAAGCGGUCGCUCCUUGGCGCGUUUAUCCUUCGUACUCUCGAAAUAGGGCCAAUUAACACAAAAACGCCAACAGCAACAGCGCCACCAUUCUAUGUCGUCCUGCCUGAGAAUCAAGCCAGGAAGUCAAUUUUGGUCGACAUUAAUCUACCGCCCGGGCAGUCUCCCUACACGACUUGCUGGUACCCAAUUUCAGUUGGAGAACACUCCCUUCUCUCUUUACAGAUACCAACCAUACCAAAGGGGCAACUACUACCCCCUCCCUCGAGUCCUCUUCCAUAUGACGAUACUGGGAACACUCGUACUUCCCACCACCCCUGGCUCCGUGCAGCCACUCUUGCAGCCUCCCUCACCUACUCCGGUGCAACAGCUAUCCAUGCAGGUCUCAUAUCCUGGAGCCGCAAAGCAUUCGGCGGGCUUGCUACCACUCAAGGCCGUUGCAAAAGUUGUAGCACUCAAUGUGUAUCUCGAAGCAAUAGGUAUUGCUGUUAUUCCUUUCACAUUGCUGGUGUUGAACGUCACACUUUAUCGAGCUGUACAUUCAACAGCUACCGCAAUGCCAAAACAUAACGGUGCUUGGAGUCCUGAUGCUGUUUUUGGGCUAUGCUCACUCUCAUUCUUCGUUGCUAAACGUCCAGAUCAAGCACCACAUCAAAGGAUUUUGGGCUAUGAUAUCGAACAUUCUGCGAGG